CUCCAAUUGUAUGUAUACUUCUAGAACCCUCUACUCUCACCCUUAAACCCCUUUCUCCACAUUUCAGGGUUUUUACACAAACCCUCAAGAAUUAUUAUAGCCCAACCCCUUUAUCCAUACACACACACAAACACACAGUGAAAAAAAUUCACAGAAAUUUCAAGAAUCCUUUUGUGGGAUUUUCUCAAAUAGUUUAGAUAAUGGCCCCUGUAGUAAGCAGGAGUUUGACUUCUUCACCUAUGGCUUCAGUGCCUUACAGUCCAUCUUUUGUAUUGGGGAGUGGUAGUACCAAUAGGGUCUGUCUUAAAACUACUUUCUUGCCUAGGAAUAAUAUCAAGAAUGGAUUUUUACAAUCUGGGUUGAGGUGGAAACAGGAUAAAAGAGAUGUUGGAGUAGUGGUUAGGUGUGAGGCUUCUGCUGUAGCUGAAAAAGAAGCUUCUGAGACUUCUGGGGAGACCCAUGAGUAUCAGGCUGAGGUCAGUCGCCUAAUGGACUUGAUUGUUCACAGUCUAUACAGUCACAAGGAGGUUUUCUUGCGAGAGCUUGUGAGUAAUGCUAGUGAUGCCCUUGAUAAGUUGAGAUUUCUGAGUUUGACGGAGCCCUCUUUACUUGGAGAUUCUAGUGAGCUAGAGAUUCGCAUCAAACCUGAUCCAGACAAUGGGACUGUUACUAUAACGGAUACUGGUAUUGGAAUGACAAAAGAAGAGCUCAUAGACUGUCUUGGGACUAUUGCCCAAAGUGGUACCUCAAAAUUCUUGAAGGCACUUAAGGAAAACAAAGACCUUGGAGCUGACAAUGGAUUGAUUGGUCAAUUUGGUGUUGGUUUCUAUUCUGCAUUUCUUGUUGCGCAAAAGGUUGUAGUUUCCACGAAGAGCCCAAGGUCAGAUAAACAGUUUGUUUGGGAGGCGGAGGCUGACAGUAGCUCAUAUGUCAUCAGAGAGGAAACUAAUCCUGAAAAUCUUCUAACUCGAGGAACACAAAUUACACUUUAUUUGAGGGAUGAUGACAAAUACGAGUAUUGUGAGCCCAAGAAGAUCCAAGAUUUGGUGAAGAAUUAUUCACAGUUUGUAUCUUUUCCAAUUUACACGUGGCAGGAGAAAUCAAGAACAAUUGAGGUAGAGGAAGAGGAAGAACCAAAGGAAGGAGAAGAAAAAACAGAGGAAGAGAAGAAAAUGACAAAGAAGACCAAAACUGAGAAGUACUUUGAUUGGGAGUUGACGAAUGAGACAAAACCUAUCUGGAUGCGGAAUCCAAAAGAAGUUGAGAAAGAACAGUACCAAGAGUUCUACAAGAGAACUUUUAAUGAGUUCUUGGAUCCACUUGCCCACACUCACUUCACUACAGAGGGUGAGGUGGAGUUUAGAAGUGUCUUGUAUAUACCUGGAAUGGCUCCUCUUAACAAUGAAGAUGUCGUAAAUCCCAAGACAAAGAACAUACGUUUGUAUGUGAAACGUGUCUUUAUUUCUGAUGAUUUUGAUGGGGAGUUGUUUCCGAGGUACCUGAGCUUUGUUAAAGGAGUGGUGGACUCAAAUGACCUUCCUCUUAAUGUUUCACGAGAAAUCCUGCAGGAGAGCCGAAUUGUUCGGAUAAUGAGAAAGAGACUAGUGAGAAAAACAUUCGACAUGAUUCAGGAUCUCUCUGAGAGUGAGAACAAGGAGGAUUACAAAAAAUUCUGGGAGAACUUCGGAAAAUUUGUUAAGUUGGGAUGUAUUGAAGACACUGGUAAUCACAAGCGGAUAACCCCAUUACUGAGAUUCUUUUCUUCCAAAAGUGAAGAAGAAUUGAUAAGCUUAGAUGACUAUGUUGAGAACAUGGGCGAAAAUCAGAAAGCCAUUUACUAUUUGGCCACUGAUAGCUUACAGAGUGCCAGGACUGCUCCUUUCUUGGAGAAGUUGGUCCAGAAGGGUAUUGAGGUGUUGUACCUCGUUGAACCAAUAGAUGAGGUGGCUAUCCAGAAUUUACAAACAUACAAGGAAAAGAAGUUUGUUGACAUUAGCAAAGAGGACCUGGAGCUUGAUGAUGAUGAUGAGGUGAAAGACAGGGAAGCCAAGCAAGAGUACAAUCUUCUAUGUGAUUGGAUAAAACAACAGUUGGGUGAUAAGGUGGCAAAAGUACAAGUUUCAAAGCGUUUAAGCUCAUCACCAUGUGUGCUUGUAUCUGGAAAGUUCGGUUGGUCUGCCAACAUGGAAAGAUUGAUGAGAGCACAAACCUUGGGAGACACUUCAACCCUGGAAUUUAUGAGAGGGAGAAGAAUAUUGGAGGUUAAUCCCGAUCAUCCAAUCAUCAAAGACCUAAAUGCUGCAUGCAGAAAAUCACCCGAUAGUUCUGACGCGAAGCGGGCUGUGGAACUGUUGUUUGACACCGCAUUGAUCUCCAGUGGAUUUACUCCUGAUAGUCCCGCUGAGUUGGGUGGCAAGAUCUACGAGAUGAUGGCAAUGGCUCUUGGAGGAAGAUGGGGACGAUUCGAGGAAGAAGAGACAGAGGCAUCAGAAGAAACAUCAACUGAGUCAGAUGCAAGCUCUGCUGAAGUGGUAGAGCCACAAGUCGUCGAGCCAUCUGAGUAAGGACCGAGAGCACCGAUUAUUGGGAAUGAUUCAUAAAGUGUUUCUCUAUCUUGUUUAUGCUUUCUUUCUGGUAUGUCAUAAGAGGAGAAAGAAUUUUGGUUGAGAAGAGGGGAGGGGAACAAGAAUGUUAUUUGGUGGGGACUAGAUAUGGUAUUGAAGAAAUUUUUGGAAUGAAUAAUUUAGUUAUACAAUAGUAAGAUUUGGUUGGUUCACUUU